AUGAAAUUAUUAAAGUUUCAUCUGAGAUAUCACCCGCCGGGGAUCACUUUAGAGUAUACGAAAAAAGGAAUUGUCAGGAAUAAAGAUAUUGACCUAUUGGAGUUAGAUAGCAAUUCAGACGUAAAGAUGAUAGCAAAUGACCUACAGCAGAAGGAAGCUUUGAUAACGGACGAGGUGUUGGUGCAACUACAGCAGUGCUUGGAGACGCUCAAGAAGAGGAUCGAACAUGAAGGUCCUGCGGGGAAGAGGUUCUAUAUAUACAAGACAUUGGUUACACAUCUACUGCCUGUUACGAAUGUUUCAUUUGAUAGAGCGGGCACCAGAUGCAUCACUGGCAGUUACGACAGGACGUGCAAGAUAUGGGACGUAGACUCCGGUACUGAAAUUAAAACUUUAACUGGACACCAGAAUGUCGUUUACUCUGUGGCUUUUAAUUAUCCUAUUUGUAACAUGGUGGUAACUGGUUCGUUUGACAAAUCAGCCAAAGUGUGGUCUGCUGCAAAUGGCCAGUGCGUGGCCACCCUGUGGGGCCACAGCGGCGAGGUGGUGGCCGCGCAGUUCGCGCCUAAAGCACACCAAGUGGCCACCGCUUCUAUGGACCGGACCGCUAAACUAUAUGACGUAGUAACAGGUGCAGAAGUGCACACAUACUUAGGUCACGCGGCCGAGGUGAUAGCGCUGCAGUUCGACCAGAAUGACUGUCAGAGCCUCGUAACAGGAUCCUAUGACGGCACAAUCUGCAUGUGGGAUACCAGAGUCAAAGACUGCGUGGCGGUACUGCGCGGGCACUGUGCGGAGGUGUCUAGCGUCCAGUACAGCUGGGACAGCUCACUGCUCGCCUCCGCCUCGCUGGACGGCAGCGCGCGGCUCUGGGAAACCCGCCAGCGCAAUUGUGUUGCCACGCUCACCACGCCCGGCUCUGAGGUGUUGGAUGUGAGCUUCGACUGGGCAGGUCGACGGCUGGCCACGGCGGGCAGUGACGGGACAGCCCGAGUGUACGAGGCUCGCGCCGACUGCCGCUCACUCGCUAACAUGCAGGGCCACAGCGAGGAAGUCUCCAAGGUGUGCUUCAGUCCUGCCGGCGGCAGUCUGCUGACCGCGUCCGCAGACAAAACCGCCAGGAUCUGGAACUCGAACACCGGGAAUUGUUUACAAGUGUUGUCGGGACACCAGAGCGAGAUCUUCUCGUGUGCCUUCUCUUACGCUGGCGACACAAUCGUCACUGCCUCCAAGGACAACACCUGUAGGAUCUGGCGGUGA